AUGGCCGUGAGCAACGUUCCCGUCCUCCCCCAUCCCGGCCAAGUUGGCGACCAAAGGUCCAUUCCUCCGCCACCGGCCGAGGACUUCAAUGCCUCAUUCGGAGGAGUCCUGCCGCCUGCCCAGACCUUUCAGUCAUACCUGGGCGUGACAACCUACUAUGUGAUUGAGCCCUGCCACCCGAGCCCGUCAACCACGGCAACCCCCCGCAACGUGGUGCUCAUCCACGGCGUCGGAACUCCCGCCAUCGGGCUCCUCCCCCUGGCCAAGCUCCUCGCCGCCGAUUCCACGCCCACCACUGUCCUCAUCUAUGACAACUGGGGACACGGGUUGUCCUCUACCCCUGUGGCCGCCCACGUACCUGGCCUGUUUCACACCCAGAUCCUCGGCCUCCUCGCCCAUCUUGGCUGGUCACGGGCUCAUUUUCUCGGAUUCUCCCUCGGAGGCAUCAUAGCCGCUUCCUUUGCGCAGUAUCACACCACUGUCGUGCAGUCCCUGGUCCUCAUCGCACCCGCUGGUCUUUUGAAGAAAUCUGGCCUGACGUCGUGGGAGAGGUUUCUGAGAUGGGGUGGCUGGGGCUGGGGCUGGGGAGAUCUUAGCGCAAACUCGGUUUGGGAUUACCUGGGACCUGGACCGGUCGAGGAAGGCUGGGAGAAGAAGUUCAAGGAGAAGGGCUUGGAAGCUAUUCCGAGGGAGGCUGUCCAGAUCUGGGAGAAGGAGAAGCAUGCUGGACAUGUUGCGAGCCUGGUCAGCUGCUAUAGGUAUACGGGGGUUUAUGAUGCCCAUGACACGUAUAGGAGCCUUGCGGAGGGCAAGCUUGAGACCCUGGUUCUUCUUGGAGAGAAGGAUGGCUUCUUCGAGAAGGAUUAUAUGCAGAAGGAAUUCAAAUCAGUUGGGUGGAAGGGAGAUAUCCAUGUUGUUGAUGGGGUUGGGCAUAGCGUUGCUGGAGAGAAGCCGAAAGAGGUUCGGGAGAUGAUGGUGGAUUUCUGGGACAAUCUCGAAGAUGCAUAA